AUGGAGGGGAACCCCGCGCCAGCUAAGCUGCAGGCUGUGCUCCAGCUGGGAGAAACAAGGCAUCGGCCUUCUGCACCCAGGAACCAGGACAUGCCAUUUGAGCUGCGCCCAGCAAACAGUGAGAGGUCCUUCGGCUACAUCGUGGCCCCUGAUGGCAAGGGAGCAGUGGUGCAUGAGGCCCUGGACUGGCCCCAGACUGAAGGGCAGUGGCUGAACCAUGAAUGUGUUUGA